GGAAAGGCCGAGAUCGCUUGCUGCACUGUUGAUCAAGGCUGUGGACCCCCCGAGGACAGAGCGGGCGGAAGGGCCUGCCACGGGAUUUCCCAGCUCAGACAUGCCAUACCGCUUCUGAUUGCUCUGAUCUGUCCGGACUCUUUUCUUACCCAACUUUCCCGCGGAAACCAACUCUUGAAGAAGACCAACCACAGUCCAGAGUUUUGCCGGCCCCGCCAACCAGAGGCGAGGGUGAAAGCCGCGCGACCAGUGAGCCUCGGAUUUGUGCUGGACUGGGUGGGCAACUUCGGUAGGGAUCUCCAAGGCAGCCGGGAGGGGUGCGGAAGUGCCAGGCCUCCCGCUGUGCUAGGGUGGGGAGCUGCGGCGGGGCUAGCCUCAACCAUCAGAAACCCUCCCCAGGUGUAGGGGUUCACCCUCGUCGACCAUGGCCCACCCGUCUUUUCUGGGCUCCCCAGCGGCUCGCGCCAGCUGCCUGGACCUAUGGAAGGAGAAGAACGACCGUCUCGUUCGACAGGCCAAGGUGGCUCAGGACUCUGGUCUGUCUCUGAGGCGACAACAGUUGGUUCAAGACACACUGGAAGGGCUCAGGGAGCUCCUCCACACUCUGCAUGGGCUCCCUGCAGCUGUUCCUGUUCUCCCCUUGGAGCUGACUAUCACCUGUAACUUCAUUAUCCUGAAGGUGAGCCUAGCCCAGGGUUUCACUGAAGACCAGGCCCAGGAUAUACAACGGGGCCUAGAAAGAGUGCUAGAGACCCAGGAGCAGUUGGGACCCAGACUGGAACAAGGGAUCAGGAAGCUGUGGGAGUCUGUCCUCCAUGCUUCCUCCCUUCUGCUGGAGUUACUUCCUGUCCUGCACCACCUGGCUGGCCUACAAGCUGCCCUUUGGCUGAGCACUGACUGUCUUGAAGACCUGACCUUGUUGUUGCAGACCCUGAAUGGCAGCCAGAAUGGGACCUCUAAGGAUUUGUUGCUACUUCUAAAAACUUGGAACCCUCCAGCUUUGGAAUCAGAUGCCCCAUUGACCCUGCAGGAUGCCCGGGGUUUGAGGGAUGUCCUUUUGACAGCAUUUGCCUACCGCCAAGGACUCCAGGAGCUGAUUUCAGGAAGCCUACCAAGGGCAUUGAGCAGCCUGCAUGAAGCAGCCUCAGGUCUGUGUCCACGACCUCUGUUGGUCCAGGUGUACACAGCACUAGGAUCCUGUCUGCGUAAGAUGGGAAAUCCCCAGAGAGCUCUGUUAUACUUGAUUGCAGCUCUGAAAGGGGGCUCGGCCUAUGGUCCUCCGCUUCUGGAGGCUUCCAAAUUAUAUCGGCAACUGGGGGAUACAGCUGCAGAGCUGGAGAGUCUGGAGCUGCUGGUUAAGGCCUUGAGUGCCACCCAUACCUCUGAAGUUCCACAGCUUCUCAUUGAGGUAGAAUUGCUACUCCCACAACCUGACCCAGCCUCUCCCCUUUACUGUGGCACACAGAGCCAAGCCAAGCACCUGUUAGCAAGCCGAUGCCUACAGAUGGGGAGGGCAGAAGAUGCUGCAGAGCAUUACUUGGACCUGCUGGCCCUGUUGCUGGAUGGCUCAGAUCCACGGUUCUGCCCACCACCCUGCCCCCCAGGACCUUGUAUGCCUGAGGUGUUCUUGGAGGCAGCAGCAGCACUGAUCCAGGCAGGCCGAGCCCAAGAUGCUUUGACUGUAUGUGAGGAGCUGCUUACCCGCACAUCAUCUCUGCUUCCCAAGAUAUCCCAGCUGUGGGAGGAUGCCAGGAAAGGAACCAAGGAACUGCCAUCCUGUCCACUCUGGGUCUCUGCUGUCUACCUGCUUCAGGGCUGGGCCUGGGUACAACUGAGGACCCCGAAAGAGGCAAUUAGUAAAUUUAGCCAGUGCCUUGAGUUGCUCUUCCGGGCCAUACCUGAGGACAAAGAACAAGGAACAGCUUCCAACUGUGAGCAGGGAUGUAGGUCCGAUGUGGCACUGCAACAGCUUCGGGCAGCUGCCCUGAUCAGUCGUGGACUGGAGUGGGCAGCCAGUGGCCAGGAUACCAAAGCCUUACAGGACUUUCUCCUCAGUGUGCAGAUGUGCCCAGACUCUGAGGAGACUAGAUCGGAGGGACGAGGCCACUGCUGUCUGUUGGAGGCUGCAGGCCCAAACUCAACUGCCACAGAAGGAAACUACCUGGUCUCUCCCCCUGUACCUAGAAAUCUACUUGAGCUGGAUCCAUUCCCCUGACUGUGAAACCCUCCUUGAAGAGUUUCAGACAUCUCUGCUGGAGCCUCAUGACCUGUAGCUGCUGUUUCCAAGAACCUGAGCUAAGGGCCUAGUGAAUCAUCUCUUUGUGAGAAGGGCCUUUUAUUUUUUUUUUCCUUCCCCCUUGCUUGACUGAAGCUGACCAUUCCUAUAUAACUCCUGUCCUGGUGAGGUUGGUGGCAGUCCUAUGAGAUUUGGCCUACUUACUGCCAUUCUGGAGGAAGCAUUCCCUGACACCAACAAGUCAUUGACUUUGCUUAUAACAACUUUUUCCUGUUUCCCCUUUUCUUGUGUUGAGUAAA